AUGUUAUUAGAACCAGAAAUUCAAGAUGCCUAUACUCCUCUAAUUGACGACUCUUCAAAAUCUAUUCCUCAGUAUAAUUCUACAUCUUCACCUAGUUCUAUUAGUUCCAUUGAUAAUUUAAAUAGCAUCAUUAUUUCAUCACGCCUUGACCGUUUUCUGUUAUUAGUCAAUUUUGGCGUUUUAUUGUUUGUAGGAAAUAUGAUAUAUUUUUCUUUGAAUGUAAAAUAUUCAAUUUUUCUUUGGCAUCCGAUCUUAAUGUCUGUUGUGACUUUAACAUCAACUGAAGGUAUUAUAGUAAUACAAAAAGUAGUAAAGAAAAAUGAAAAAAUCAAAGGGCUCUCUUAUCAUAAAUGGUCACAGAUUAUAAGUAUUCCUGUAUUUAUUGUUGGUAUUUCUGUUUCUUCUUACGUUAAAAUUCUCUACAAUGCAUCAAAUUAUUAUCAACGACCAAGAAAACUUAUAAAAUUCAUAGAUUAUUCGGAUAUGGUUUAUUAUGUAUUAUUUGGAUAUCAACAAUUACAGGUAUUUUUGGAAGAACAAAGUUAA